ACUGAAAGAAAACCCCUAUUUGUUUAUUUUCAAAGUCAAAACAAUAAACAUUUUGAAAAUUAAUAAAGUAAAUAAAAAUAAAACCAACAACAACCUAUCCCAUACAGGACAGGUAAACGGUAAUCUUAGGUACCUUGUAAUUGAGCUCAAAUUUUACAUCGCUAAAAGUGUAUAAUGCCAUGCUUUUUGGCCUAGUAAAUAUCAAGAUAUCCCCAAAAACAGUCUUGACUAUUGUUCUUUUUCUAUCAGUUUUCAUCUCCUGGCACUCAGCUAUUCGUUUAAAUUAUUAUUUAAAGCAUUUAGAAGAUAACUAAGAUGCCUUUUACUGCUGACGCUGUGGCUGCCCAGCAAGUACAGGAGCGCCUCAAAUCUUUAUUUGGUAUAGUUCAUGAUAUUGAGAAAAAGAGAACAAUAUGUGAGCAAAGUCUUACUGCUUUACAACGAUAUAGUAGCGAGGACAAGGGCCAGAGUGUUCAGAAAACAAAAUCUCUUAUAAAAGCUGCAAUGUCACAAACAGAAGCUGAAAGAGAAGUAAUUCAGAAAGCCUUGCAGAAAAUUUAUGAGAUCAGGAAUAUUAAAAAUGAAAGAAGAAUUCAGGCGAGAAGUUCUGCUGCCAACAAAGAGCUAAUCCGAAAAGGGACAUGGAUGAAAAUGUUACAAAGCUCUGCCCAAACUUUGCCACUGUUUGUCGGUAAAGUUGGUGAGAAGCCUCCUCCAUUAUGUGGGGCAGUACCUGCUGACAGAAAUUAUAUAGGAAAGGUGGGUGAAAUGGUAGCAGCACUAGUACCAGGCCAAGGCGAAGAAGACAUCUGGAUUUUAGCUGAAGUAGUAACUUAUAACGCUGUUACUAAUAAAUACGAAGUAGAUGAUAUUUUGAAGGAGCAAAAUCAAAAGGGCAGGCACACUUUGAGUAAGAGGAAAGUGGUACCUUUGCCGUUGAUGAGGGCUGAUCCUGAAACCAAUCCCGAGGCAUUGUUUCUACCAAGAACUUUGGUAUUGGCUCUUUUUCCUCAAACAACCUGUUUCUACAAAGCCCUAGUCAACAAACCUCCGGCUUCUCAUGUAGACGAGUAUGAGGUACUGUUUGAAGAUCAGGCCUAUCCUGAGGGUUUCAGUCCUCCACUCUGUGUCGCUCAAAGGUAUGUGAUUCCUUGUAGGCAGGAGAACAGGGGAGCUACAACUCUUGGAGCUAAAGCGCAGGGUAGCGAUAGUGAGGCCGAAGAGGUUAUGCAAGGCUAGAUAUUUAGGUAGUGAGCUUUUAUACUUUAUUCAAUUUUUUUUUUCUAUCAAUGUAAGUUUAUUUUUUAAAACUCAUAUAAGUAAUAAAAUUUGAAUGAUUUAUUUAUUUUUGAUUACUAGUGAUUAUCUUAAUAAAUGUACUUUAAAGACUGA